UACUUCAUUGGAACGUGUCGUUGAUUGUGGGCGUCAUCAAGAAAUCGAAAGUAUCACGAAGUGAAACUGCGCGAGGUACCUGAACGUCUGCUGCUCACAGUACCGCGAUCUGCUUGUCUGAAAAUAACGAACAUUUGCAUUUAUUAUGUCCAAAUCUAAAGUGCUGAAGAUAAACUCUGACAAUGCAGUGAAGAUAGAAAACUACCGACAGUCACUGUAUAAGCAGGCAGAAGACCUGUUCUCCAAUCACAUACCUCUGAAGAUCUCACAGCUUGACAACCUGUUGAAGGGGGAUGAGUUCAAUAUCACUGACCUCUCAUCUCUCCAUGCACCCCUGGACAUUCCCAUUCCUGAUCCCCCUGCUCCAGAGGAUGAGGAGAUGGAGACAGAUAAAAAUGAAGAUGAUGAGAAAAAGAAGAAAGCUCCCAAGUGUGGCUUCAUCAAAGGAAAUGACCGGAUUGUGAAGUUGCUGGAUAUUGUAAAACCAGAGAUAAUGGCCCUGAAGGAGACCUGCAUCACUGUUUCUUGCUGGAUUUCUCAUCUAAUUCCAAAAAUAGAGGAUGGAAAUGAUUUUGGAGUUGCAAUUCAGGAGAAAAUCCUUGAGAGAAUUACUGCUGUGAAGACGAAGGUGGAGGGUUUUCAGACCAACAUUAACAAGUACUUCUCAGAGAGAGGUGAUGCAGUGGCCAAAGCUUCUAAAGACACCCACGUGAUGGAUUAUCGCUCUCUGGUGCACGAGAAGGAUGAAGCAGCAUAUUCUGAGAUUAGAGUGAUUGUGCUUGAUAUACGCGGUUUCUAUGCUGAACUCUAUGACGUCAUCAGCAAGAAUCUGGAGAAAGUGACGAAUCCCAAAGGAGAAGAGAAGCCCUCCAUGUACUGAGACAGAUGCUUACUG